AUGACUAUUCUAUCAAAACUAUCACAAAUCCCAUUCAAAAGUAUAGUGCAAAAUAGCAAAAAUUCCUAUCAGACAUUGCGAUGGCUUCACAAACCAAUAUCUCGUUCGACAAUUCUUCGAACCUGGCGGAUUUGUGGCUUCGGGACGGGUCUAGCGGCCGUUACCUUCAGAAAAGUGUCAUGUGCACCUCGGAUUUCCAGUAAAAGAAUCGAUCACUUGAGAUCGAAAGAUCAGAAUGCGUCGAUGACAAUGUGGGAGCUCUGGCAGCUCAUUAAACCAUUUUUCGGCUGGUUUUUCGCCGCAAUUGUGUGCGCCAUUCUGUCAGCCUACAUCAACAUCCAAAUCCCUCUGUGUCUUGGUGACCUAGUGAAUGGAAUCGUGGAAAUCAUCAAAGACGAAUCGAAGAACCUUCGUUCGCAGUUCGAACAUCUGAGACCAUCUGCCAUGCACCUGAUGACAUUGUACGUCGCGCAGUCUGCUCUCACUUUUUUGUACAUUACGUUUUUGACGAUUCUCGGAGAGAGGAUGGCGACGAAACUACGAUCGGAUUUGUUCCAGAAGCUUCUACACCACGAUAUGGCGUUUUUUGAUUCUCAUAAAACCGGUGAACUCUCCGCUCGCCUAAACGCCGACGUCCAGGAAUUCAAGAGUUCCUUCAAGCUCUGUGUCAGUCAAGGACUCCGAACCUUUGCUCAGACCAUCGGAUGCAUUGGAUCUCUCUAUUUCCUAUCUCCAACAAUGACAAUGUAUACGGUAGCAGUGGUGCCAGGCAUCAUUUUGGCUGGUAGCGCGAUUGGAGCCGGUUUGAGACAGUUGAGCAGGAGAGCCCAAGCCCAAUCAGCUACAGCAUCCGCAGUAUCAGAUGAGGCUCUGACCAAUAUGAGAACGAUUCGAGCGUUCGCAAUGGAGAAAUUAGAAUCAAAACUAUUUGAUAACGAAUUGGACAAAGCGAGAGCUAUGCAAGAGCAACUGGGAAUCGGAAUAGGGCUCUUCCAAGCUGGAACCAAUCUUUUCCUAAAUGGAAUGAUCCUUUCUGUCCUUUACGGUGGAUCCAAUCUCAUUUCCAAGGGAGAAAUGACUCCUGGAGCACUUAUGAGCUUCCUAGUUUCCGCCCAAACUAUCCAGAGAUCCCUUUCCCAGUUAUCCAUAAUCUUCGGAACCGCUAUCAAAGGAUGGACUGCUGGCGGUCGGGUUCUCGAAUUCCAACGUCUUCAACCAUCUAUCCCAAUUGAUACAGGUGUCUGUAUCCCUUAUCACACGUUGUGGGGUGAUAUCAAAUUUGACAAUGUCUCAUUUUCCUAUCCAACUCGCCCCGGACACAAUGUCUUUGAGAAUCUGACUCUGUCGAUUCCAGCCGGACAAGUUGUGGCACUUUGUGGACCGAGUGGAGAGGGAAAGAGUACGAUAACUCAUUUAUUGGAGAGGUUCUAUGAGCCAAAGACGGGAAAAGUGACACUGGAUGGAAGGGAUUUGAAGGAGUUGAAUGUGGAAUGGCUUCGUGGGCAAGUCAUUGGGCUCAUCUCACAAGAGCCCGUCCUGUUUGCCACGUCAGUGGAGGAGAAUAUCAGAUAUGGACGACCAGAUGCGACAGAUCAGGAGGUCCGUGAUGCUGCUCGAGCCGCCCAUGUCGACGAAUUCGUGUCUAGAUUCCCUUCGGGAUACUCCACAAUCGUCGGUGAACGAGGAGCACAACUUUCAGCCAAUUUGAUCUAUGUUAUCAAGGAUAAAAAGGCACUUGAAAGUGGAACGCAUGAACAGUUGAUGGCCAAGAAGGGAUCGUUGUACAGAAAAUUAGUGGAAGCACAUAAUGUGGAUUAG